UGGGCGUGCCCCGUAAGGACUGGGAGGGGGAUCGCGGCGAGCGACAUGACUAAAAAGAAGCGGGAGAAUCUGGGCGUCGCUGAAGAGAUUGAUGGGCUGGAGGAGAAGCUGACCCGGUGUCGGAGAGAGCUGGAGGCCGUCAACUCCAGGCUGGACCAGGCAGAGCUGAGCCCAGAGGACAGGCGGUGUCUUGAGAAGGAGAAGAGCAGCCUCAUGAGCAAAGCCUCCAACUUUGAGAAGGAACUCAAGCUGCUGCGGCACGAGAACCGCAAGAACACCAUGCUUUCGGUGGCCAUCUUCCUCCUCCUGGCCCUGCUCUAUGCCCACUGGACCAUGUGAGUCUGGGAUUCUCCACCGUGCCAGCUUUGCCACAGCUCUCUGCUCAGUACCAAGAUCGGUGGACCAAGGUGCGGGUUCCCCUUCACCCCU